UCAGCUAGGCUAGCGAAAGAGGGUGAACCGCAUGAGGGUACAAGUCAAAGAAGAGGAUAUUUAUUUUGUCUCAAUGUUGGCUCACUAAGCUAGGUCUUAAUCUGUUCGACUCUUAAGAGCCAAAGCCAUUUCUCUUUGAGAUUGACACGUUUGACUUCUUGAAGAACGGAGAAACGUUUAAAGAGAGUGUAAGAUCUGUGGUCAGUUGUGCAUGGCACUCGGUGUGGCAUCACCAUGAGUGGGGAGCCAGACGCGUUGGCUGUGGUCAACCAACUACGGGACCUGGCAGCUGACCCCCUGAACAGGCGGGCGAUUGUAGAGGAUCAUGGAUGCCUUCCGGGUCUUAUUCUGUUUAUGGACCAUCCCAACCCACAAGUGGUCUACUCAGCAUUAUUAGCGGUGCGCUACCUGGCAGAAUGUCGGGCCAACCGAGAGAAGAUGAAGGCGGGACUGGGCAUGAUGCUGAGUCUGCAGAACGUCAUGCAGAAAGGCACGACGCCGGGGGAGACCAAGCUGCUGGCGUCUGAGAUCUACGAGAUCCUGCAGAACUGCAGCAACCCGGAGGCCGAGCAGGCCGAGGCUGCAGCCUCCUGCCGGCGCAAGGCCCAGUUCUUUCUCGGCUCCACCAACAAGCGGGCCAAAACCGUCGUGCUGCAUAUCGACGGUCUGGACGACUCGGCCCGGCGUAGCCUGUGUGAGGAAGCUCUGUUGAAGAUCAAAGGCGUGAUCAGCUUCACCUUCCAGAUGGCUGUCAAGAGAUGCGUGGUGCGGAUCCGCUCUGACCUGAAGGCCGAGGCCCUUGGAACAGCCAUAAGUUCAACCAAAGUGAUGAAGGCCCACCAGGUAGUGAAGGGAGAGGACGGAAAUGAGAGGAUGGUUCCGCUGGAGGGGGAUUCAGAGGCGGUGGUGGAGCAGAACACGGACCUGCCGGACUACCUGCCGGAGGACGAGAGCCCGUCGCAGGAGCCGCACAAGGCCGUGUCCCGCCUGGGCUCCAUGCAGGACGGCUCCGGCUGGCUCAGCACGGCCGCCAACUUCCUGUCGCGCUCCUUCUACUGGUGACCUGCGCUCUAAACACCCCCAACUCACCCCCCAACCCUUCCUCCCUGUCCCCCUGUCCCCCUGUCCCCUUCCCCCCCCCUCAUCCCCACCCCUCCUGUCCCAUCCUCACCUCUCCUCACCUUUUGCCCUGCACACCCACACCUGCCCUCCAGGGGGUGCCGGACUGCCAAGUGCAAUUUUAUUUUUGCAAUAACCACAACUGUGUAUAAAAGAGUUCCAAACAGCGACAGCAGCAGAAGCAGAGGGCGCGUGCGGGGCGGGGCGGGCCGUCUACGAGAGUGCCUGCUCCCAGUUGCCCUCCAGAUGAGGACGUCACUAGCGCUACACACUUAGUCAACUCACCACUGAAGCCAUAAAGGGGACAGACACCACGCUCACAAGGGGCUCCUCACCUGAGCCCUCUGACAUCACCUCCUGUUUUUUUUUUCUCUUUCUUUAAUUUUUCAGUCAGUUUUCAAUGGUUUUAAUCCCCCCCCCCUCCCUGCCCGCCCUCUCCCUUUUGAUGGGUCCAUUCCUACUCACACCAAACCGAAUGCAUGGUUGCCCUUGGCAUUUGCGAGUGUGUUCUAGUGGUUGGACUGACCGCGCCUCUGCAGGUCUGCUCUGGCAUGGACCGGUGACGGUGGACAUGUGCCGCCCUCCUUUUUUUCCCCCUUCCUGACCGCAGGAGUUCUUCUCAAGUGCUCUCAUUUUUUCUUCUACCAUCGGAUCUUUCACUGUCCCUCUUAAACUUCCCUCUUCUUUUCUAGGGAUUAUUUGAUCAUGAUUAUUAAUUUCCCCCUGCCAUUUAGGCCUAUUCAAAGCAUGCUGUAAUUUUUUGAUGCCUUUCUUUUUUCUUUGUUUGCUAUUCUUCUUCAUAAUGUUUAUCCUUGUGUGAGCUUUUUUUCCCCUCUCUUUUACGCUACUCCUGCUUGUCCUUAUAUUUAUAUCUUGUUUUUAAGAUUUCUCUCUUUUUUUCACUCUGACAUUUUUUUUAAAUCUGGGGGGAAAAAAAUAAGUACGCAAACAGUCAAAUUCCCAUAAUCUUUGGUCAUUUGUUCACUUUAAAAUCACGGGAUCCACUCUUCCUUGUUUGUAAGCCUCUUUGAUCUUAGCAGGUUUCCUUCCUUAUUGGGAGUUUUUGUAGGCACCAGCAGAGGCGACUACUUGGGUUGUUGUGGAGCAGAAAUUAAAUACCUCGCUUGCUUCACUCCGAAAAGGGAUAUGAGGAGAACCUAAGCUACUCUGCGACACUUCUCCUACUGUAAUGCCGCGUGCCAAGCCACUGUAGUAUACGCAACACCUGUAGAUAUAUAUUUAUAUAUAUAUAUAAAUAGCCUCGACACUACUUAACCAAAUGGGCUAGUCACUGCUAUGAUUGCCUAACUCCCUGUAGCUAUGAUGAUAAAUACACACUAACAACUUCUAUCUUUGUCAGAUUUUCACCUUUUGGCUGUUCACCCCACAAAGAAAAGUAAAAAUUAAAAAAAGCAACAGGCCCAAAUCCAGAGUCUUUCAGCAGCAUUGCUAUCGUCGCUUGCUUGGCCAAAACCGGCUCUUUCUGGUGUCUGCUCCACUACAUGCUCACCUCGGCUGGACAGUCCCGCCCCCAACCUUUUUUUCUAUUGGCUCAUUCCCGACCAACCGUGUCCAUAUUGGUUUUUGCCCACUGAGUGACCACACGUGCAUAUCUGAGCUGCUUUUUCACAAGUGUAGAAAAUAAACAAACAAACAAAAAUCAGGGGUUCACAUACUUCCAGUAUUCAUGGAAAGGUUGUAAGUCGAGGAAAACGGUCACUCACUCCUCUCUAAUCUAAACCAUUUCUGUCAAAUGUUUGCUCACAAUUCACCCUAGGGAUUGCUUUUAGUUACUGGAAUGGCUAACACCCUGUUCACACACUUCACCACCAAUGGAGUUUGAAGCUAAAGGAGGAUUCUGAGACAAACUGACAUAGGAGUGAUUAUGAAGAUCUGCCUUGCCUUUUUUCAUACCUCUUUCUCUUCUUUUCUAUUUUUUUAAGACAGAGAAUGGGAAUUAAUUACAUUUUAAUAUAAGGCAGACCAACCCAGUUCCAUGAAGUUGUGAAUGAUCCUUAUUGAGAUGCCAUGUAAUGUGGACCAAUAUGGAUUAUUUGACUGAGGUCAUGUUAUGUGGACUGAUGUAUGGAUUAUUUGACUGAGGUCAUUUUUGCACGUCGCCAUCCUUCCAAAAUGUUGCCUACGAUCAACAACAUGUAAUCCUUCAGUAUUAUAUUUAACUAGAGGAUUCAGGUUCACUUCAUAAGUUAAAUAAUGUACAGUUGAUUAUUUCUUUUUUGUUACACCUCUUGUACUGUUGUCAUCCUUACUUGAACAUUUCCUCUUGAUUCGAUUUUUUUCUUUUCUUUACUUUUUGAUUAACAUAUUCAUUUCUCAUUGUUCAGUAGGAAGGCAGAACAAGAAAGGGUAGCAAAACCUCCACAUAGUUAACUAGCUUCUCGUGUACAGUGUAUAUCUGCGAUGUGAAGUAUUUCAGGUCACGAACAACUGUUGCCUGUUCACAAUAAUGACAAGUUAUUAAAAUAAAGAUAAAUGGAAAGAAA